AUGUCUUUACAACCAUUCAAUAAAAACUUCUAUAAUCCACCACCGGAAGUAUUAAAAAGGUCGCUUUAUGAAGUUGAAGAAUACAGGAAUAAACACGAGAUCACUGUAAGUGGGCUGGAAGUACCAAACCCUAUUCAGUGUUUCGAAGAAGGUAAUUUUCCUGACUAUGUAAUGCAAAAUAUUCAAAACAUGGGCUACAAGGAACCAACCCCUAUACAAGCACAAGGUUGGCCUAUAGCAAUGUCUGGGAAAAAUUUAGUUGGGAUAGCUCAGACUGGUUCAGGAAAAACUUUGGUUUACAUUUUACCAGCUAUUGUGCAUAUAAAUAACCAGCCACCUAUUAGACGUGGGGAUGGUCCUAUUGCACUAGUGCUUGCACGGACUAGAGAACUAGCUCAACAGAUUCAACAAGUUGCUAGUGAUUUUGGUAAUACAGCUUAUGUUCGCAACACAUGUGUAUUUGGUGGCCAGGCGGUGCGCGGCGACGCACGCGCACCGCCGCGGCCUGCACAAAUAGUUAAAGAAACAUGGAAAAAUAAAUAUAAAACUUAA